AUGGAUCGAGAAGAAAUCGAGGAACUGUUCUCAUUUUUGGAGAAUUGCGAAUUAUCGAGCUCCAGUCUCGCUGCAUUGGAUCUGAAUUCCAUGAAAAACACGAAUGGCGAAAAUGUGCUGAUGGUAGCAACGAGAACCGGACAAGCAGGGAUUGUCCGAGACUUCGUCAAUGACUUCGACUUGGAGGACAUUGACGCCGACGGCUGGACAGCCUUACUUGAUGCGGCCUACUUGGGGCAUGACGAAGUCGUGAAAAUAUUGCUGGAGGCCGGGGCAGCCGUUGACAAUCCUGACAUAGACGGCUGGACAGCCUUACUUGAUGCAGCCUACCUGGGGCAUGACGAAGUCGUGAAAAUAUUGCUGGAGGCCGGGGCAGCCGUUGACAAUCCUGACAUAGUAGGCUGGAGUCCGCUAAUGUGGGCUGUUUACAAGAAUCAUCGUAACUGUGUAGAGCUUCUAAUCCAGUAUAAGGCUCAUGUGAAUAUGAUUGACGAAGAAGAUGGCUUAACUCCAUUGAUCAUCGCCGCUGGCCGCGGCUAUACCGCACUCGUUGAACUGCUUAUCAGUUCUGGAGCGGAGGUGAAUGCUUGUGACAAAUUCGGAAGUACAGCUUUAAUCUGGGCGGCACGGAAAGGUUACAGACCUAUAGUAGAGCUAUUGUUGAAUGCUGGAGCCGAGUUGGAUGCAGUCGGAAUGUAUGGUGCCACUGCGCUAGUGCUGGCAACACGUGGCAAUUUCAUUGAUACUGUUGAAUUGCUGUUAACACGAGAGCCAAAUGUUAAUAAUGGAUUCUCUCCGCUUGGAAUUGCUGCACGUGAAGGAUAUGCGGAAAUUGCCUCUAUGCUCGUUCAAGUUGGCGCAUAUGUUAAUUCCGUUGACAGAUUUGGGAAUUCGAUUUUGGCAAGUGCCGUACGAUCGGGAAAUGUAGAAAUCGUGAAAAUGCUUCUUGACAGGCAUGCAGAUGUUAAUGCGAAAGACUCGGAGAGCAGAACUGCGCUGCAUUUGGCUAUCGAUAAAGCAUUCAUGGACAUUGCAGUGGAUGGCGAUACGCCAUUGCUUCGUGCUGUGAAGAAUCGUAACGCUGGUCUGUGCCAGUUAUUGGUAAACUCUGGUGCAAAAAUCUCAGCAACUGAUAAUACCGGUGACAACGCGCUACACUGGGCUUUACGAGUAAAGUCGCGCAAAAUCACGCAGCUGCUUUUGUUAAACCCGUCCGACUCGCGACUGCUUUACAGGCCGAAUAAGUUUGGCCAGACGCCCUAUUCAAUUGAUCAGGAGAAUCCGCAGCCAGUACUCUCACUUCUAAGCGGACCACAGCAUGCCGAAGUGCAGGUGGAAGCGCGACUCGGCUACGAUAUCUACAGUGAUGUAUUAGCCGAUAUCCUCUGUGAACCAAAUCUCAUAUUACCACUUACCAUUGGUAAUUUUUACAUUUGA